AUGGCAGACCCAGAACAAUACAAUCCCGCUAGAUUCGGGAUCUCGACACUCCCCCUGAAUCACGAGCCUUACGGGCCAAUCCUGCCGGAACGGCUCAUCGGGGCUAAUACGGGGAAAGUCGCCGUGGUGACCGGCGCUGGGAGAGGAAUUGGCAGGGCCAUCGCCAUGGCGCUGGCCAACUCCGGAGCAAAGCUGGCGCUUCUCGACAUCCUGGUCGAGGAGCUAGAGGACACGAAAGUGGCAUGCGAGAAGUACGACGGCGUGACAGCCGAGGUCUUUGAAUGCGACAUCACAAACGUGGAGACCGUGCGGCGCACGUUCGCGAGCAUUUCCGAUAUUUUAGGCCCGGUGGAUAUCUUGGUGAACAACGCGGGCGUCGCCAUCGGGAGACUGGCCUUUGACGAAACGUUCGAAGGGUUCUGGAAGGCCAUCGAGGUCAACUUCAAGGGCACCAUGCUUUGCGUGUACGAAGUGUUGCGCGCCAUGAAGGAGCGAAGGUCAGGCUGUAUCAUCAACAUGGCGUCACGGGCCGCGACCGUCGACAUGGCUGGGGGGCUGAGCUAUAAUUCCAGCAAAGCCGCGGUGGCGCGGGCGACGCACAGCCUGCAGGAGGAGUUUGAGCAAGCCGGGCUGGGUGAGCAGUUGCAUACGUAUUGCUUGCACCCUGGGGGAGUGUGGGGGAAGAUGGUCACCGAGAAUACGACACCUGAAGUCCAGGCCCAGAUCAGAUCGAUCUUCAAGGACGUGCCGGAGCUGUGCGCCAACACGGUCGCUUAUCUCGCUGCAGGCCGGGGGAAGGCGUUGCGAGGAUGUUACUUUGACUGUAGACAGGAUGUGGACCGGGUUUGCAGCUUUGGCCGGGAGACGCUGGACAAGUAUGAGCUGUACAAGUUGGGGGUGAAGUUCUUGCCUGGGUAUCAGAACGAGCCUUGA